GCUCCGUAUAGUAUAGAAAACGCUGAUGAAGGUAUGACGUGUGCAUGCUUGAUUUGCUGUAAGAAAAACGCUAACAAGAACGGCCCGCGGCCUAUAAGAACCAACGAACGCAGAUCACGACUAUCACCGUUAGUCGCAGAAACUGUACCGGUAGCUGAGGAAGCCGAGAAUUCUCCAAUAAGAAAAUUGAAAGGGUUUAGGGUUUCGUAGAAAUUGGGGGAGGAAAAAAAAACCCUAAUAGCCAUGGAGAGUGCCUUUGCGAGCGCCUCUGCAAUCGCGGACCAGAGGCAAAAGAUCGAACAGUACAAGCACAUUCUCGCUUCCGUCCUCUCAUCAAACGACGUCAUUCAGGCCAAGAAGUUUAUCGAUCACAUGUUGUCGGACGAUGUGCCAUUGGUGGUUUCGAGGCAGCUAUUACAGACUUUUGCGCAGGAACUGGGGAGAUUGGAGCCAGAGACGCAAAAGGAGAUUGCCCAUUAUACUCUUGCUCAGAUUCAGCCUCGGGUUGUUUCUUUUGAAGAACAGGUUUUAAUAAUUAGAGAGAAACUCGCUGAGCUAUAUGAGUCUGAACAACAGUGGUCAAAAGCAGCUCAGAUGCUCAGUGGCAUUGAUCUAGACUCUGGAAUGAGGGUCAUUGAUGAUACAUUUAGGUUGUCAAAGUGUGUCCAAAUUGCUCGCUUAUAUCUUGAGGAUGACGAUGCAAUUAAUGCAGAGGCUUUCAUCAAUAAAGCGUCAUUUCUGGUUAGCAACAGCCAGCAUGAAGUAUUGAACUUACAAUACAAGGUUUGUUAUGCCAGGAUUUUGGACUUGAAGAGGAAGUUUUUGGAAGCUGCACUGCGUUAUUAUGAUAUAUCUCAAAUUGAGAAGAGGCAGAUAGGAGAUGAAACCAUUGAUGAAGAAGCUUUGGAGCAGGCUCUCUCUGCUGCUGUGACAUGUACAAUCUUGGCUGCUGCAGGUCCUCAACGUUCUCGUGUUCUUGCCACUUUGUACAAGGAUGAACGAUGCUCGAAGCUAAAAAUUUAUCCUAUAUUGCAAAAGGUCUAUUUAGAGAGAAUUUUGAGAAAACCGGAAAUUGAUGCAUUUGCUGAAGAACUAAAAGCACAUCAGAAAGCUCUCCUGCCAGACAAUUUUACUGUUCUGGAUCGUGCUAUGAUUGAGCACAAUCUUCUUAGUGCUAGUAAACUCUACUCAAAUAUAAGUUUUGAUGAGUUGGGCACUUUGCUGGGAAUUCCUCCAAACAAGGCAGAAAAGAUAGCAUCAAGAAUGAUUUAUGAGGAUAGAAUGAGGGGAUCAAUUGAUCAGGUUGAAGCUGUCAUUCACUUUGAGGAUGAUACUGAAGAGCUGCAGCAAUGGGAUCAACAGGUCAUUAUCAACCCUGCUUUAAUCAAGGAAUAUUUCAGCGAAUUGUUGGCUUGUGUCAGGCCUUGAAUGAUAUCCUGGAUAGCAUGGCGAAAAAGGGCUUAUCGAUCCCCGUCUGAUCCUUUUUUUUUUUUUUUUCGGUUUUUGAUAGCUGGUCAGCAGAUGCAAAUGAAUUUCUUGCAUAAAAGCUUACGAGAUAACUAGUCAGUGGUUCCGCAAUUAUUUUUUGAGAUUGUAAUUUUUUGUUACUUGUUUUUUUGGUAGUUGAGGAUAUUCAGUAAUUACUUUUGGUAAGGUAAACACAUGCGUGCUUUCUGUGGGAGCGAAAAAUUCGUUAUGUUUUGGCUCAUUGGCACCAUUUCACCAUAUAUCAUUUCUAUUUGAACGACUAGUUGCUAUUUGAACACACAGUUCAAUGGUGAAAAUGAUCAUUAUUUUAGAA